CAAACAAAUAUUACAUUUAAAUUACGUUUAUAAUACAAAUAAUCUUAAUUUAGAAAAAAUGAACAAAAAGAUACAAGAUAUAUUGAAAAAAAAUUUAAAACAACCUGUACUUUGCACGGGUUAAAAAGCUAGUUAAAAAAGAAUUAGAGAAAGAGGGGAAAAUAAAAUCUUUGGCGGAAAUGACGUGGCACCGUGGCGGUGAUGCAGGAUACGAGGAGAUGGAACUGCGGAGCUAAAACUGGUGGUGUGCGAGGUGGAUGCUUUUAGGUUGCUUUUUAUCUACUCAAAUUAAUCUGAUGCAUGGUAUAUGUCUGUAUAUUAUAGUUGCUACAGUAGCACACAAGCGUGUUUGCCAUUGCAAUGAACCGCAAGUGCACAACAAACAUGCAUGAUUGCCCAUUAAGGGCGCUGAUUUAUGCGCACCUCAAAUGUAUUUAUGCACACCCUAUCUCCUUUUUAGACCAAAUUGCCCUUAUAUCUUUUAGUCGUGCUUUGUUCUUUUAUACAAGCUCCAUCUAUUUUUUUUCAGACAAGAUCUCUCUUGGAGUUGGAAGACUUAUUUCUUUCUAUUGGUGAUGGUGUUUGCGGAUUUGAUUAUGUCCUGGUAUAUGCAUCACAGUAUACUCUUCACUAAACACUUCCUUGAAUUAUUGAAUCCAAACACUAAGUCUUGAAAUUUAAAGUGCAAGGCUGUACUGAGGUAAUCCAAAUCAAGAGCUUGUCAUAUUUUUUUAAUAAUCAAAGACUUGAAGGUCCAAAUCCCCGUGAUAGGCGUUGCUGGAGAUUAUGAAAUGAGAGAUAGGUGUUGUAAAAUGUGGUAGCGGAGAAGAGAGAUAAUGCAGACAGCGUGGACAUGAUGAAAUCAAGGAGAAUAUAGUGAAACAUAAGGAUGGAGUUGAGCUUCUUGAUUGAGCAUUUAGCAAUGUUGUUGUUGCCAUUGAUUUGGGGAUUGAAAAAGAUAGAUGAGGGAUGUCUGGCUAGCUAGUUAGAGUGUUCUUAAUCAAAUGAAUCAAUGUGUAAUUAUAGAAACAGUAUGGUUGACUAUGAAUGUUGGUCUGGUUGCUUUGCCAGAGUCUGAGUACGAAACAGCAACCAUGAAGUUUAAUAUUUGCUGAAAAUUGUACCCACCGUAAUAUGCAUGAUUCCCAGAUGAGGCAGGGGUUUGUGGGGGAUGGAGAUUUCCAGAGGGACAAUUUGGUCUAAAAAAGAGAUAAGGUGUGCAUAAAUCAAUUCAGGGUGUGCAUAAAUCUGUCAUUAUUAUGUGUGUGUGGUUUAUUGGAUGGACCAUCGGUUAAUAUUUCAUGUUAGUCUGCUGAGUGUAACUGCUUUACCUGCAUAUCCGUGUAGGAGUAGUUUGAAAGCACUAGAACCCAAGCAGUGUUUUGACACUUUGACAUAAAAUGCUCACAAGCCGCAAGCGGGUACAGAUCUAGCGAGAGACACGCAGAACACUGGGCUUAAGACUGCUGCUAACAUUCAAGAAGAGGAAGCAAAUUAAAGAAGGUAAACUAGUCACUGCAACUGUAGCAAAAGAUAAUGGUGCCAUGAUAUGAACUGUUAAAUUUGCACUAUUUAUUAAAGGAAAAUUGACAUUAUUUCUCUGCAUUUAAUAUGAUUUCAUUCCCAUGCAAGUUGCAACUAUAUGAAUGAAUAGCUCAAAUAAUUGGUCCUGGUCAAGCAGCCUAAGUACCAUUUUUCCUUCCCACCGUAAUGACAGGAUAAUAUUACUGUAUUUUCUUUCAAGUAGGCCCGUGCCCAACAGAAAUGGCAUCGAGCAUAUAUAAUAGGUCGAGGGUUCAAGUUUCAUGUAGAUUUGUCAAAUCGUAACUUAUAAGUUACACAAACGUGUCACCUCUGUUUUUCUUUGCUUCACUCUGUACUUCACUCUGAACUAACUUAUUUACUUUGUGUGAUUUUCCAAAUACCCAUGUAAAAAUCUUGAAUAUAGUGUGUUUAAUUUUUAAAAUACCCAUAUACAGGCCUUGAAUAUAGUGGAUGUAUGUGUGUUGCUUAAUGAAUACCCAUGAAAAAAAAAGUCAAAUUCAGUGUGUGUGGGUGAUUGAUUUUAGAAAUACCCAGUUGGCAAUUCAAAGUUUAUGCUGUGCUCUACAUAUAAAGAUGAAAGCCCUGUCUGUAAAUGGAAGUGAGUAAAGGUGUUAUACUGUGUAGGGCAAGUGAUAAGUGUCAGAAAGAAAAGAGGAAGACCAUCAACGGGGAUGAUUUGCUUUGGGCAAUGGCCACUCUAGGUUUUGAAGACUACAUCGAUCCCCUCAAGGCUUACCUAGCUCGUUACAGAGAGCUGGAGGGUGAUACUAAGGGAUCUGCUAGGGGAGGGGAGGGAUCUGCUAAGAAAGAUCCAAUUGGCUCUCAGCUUUCAAGUCAGCAGUAUGCUCAUCAAGGCAUGGGCUACGUGAAUUCCCAAGUUUAAAAGUUAUAUGAUACGAGGAGAUGGAACUGCGGAGCUAAAACUGGUGGUGUGCGAGGUGGAUGCUUUUAGGUUGCUUUUUAUCUACUCAAAUUAAUCUGAUGCAUGGUAUAUGUCUGUAUAUUAUAGUUG